AUGGUCGACGUGCCACUCAAGCUCAACACCGGAGCCACCAUGCCCGCCUUGGGGCUGGGCACAUGGCAGAGCCCCGAAGGCCAAGUUCGUGCGGCCGUUGCAUAUGCAAUCAAGUCAGGUUACCGACACAUCGACUGCGCGUACGUCUACGGGAACGAGAAAGAAGUGGGCGAGGGGAUCAAGGAGGGGCUGGCCGCAGCGGGCAUUCCUAGGAGCGACCUGUUCAUCACAACCAAACUGUGGUGCACAUAUCAUACAAGGGUGGAGCAGAACCUGGACAUUAGCUUGAAGAUGCUGGGUCUCGACUAUGUGGACCUCUAUCUCAUCCACUGGCCCAUUGCCAUGAACCCCAACGGCAACGACGAGAAAUUCCCCAAACUGCCCGAUGGGUCCAGAGACCUGCUCAGAGACCGAUCCCACGUCGACACGUACAAGGACAUGGAGAAGUUGCUCAAGACCGGAAAGACAAAGGCCAUUGGCGUGGCCAACUACUCGAAGCGAUAUCUCGAAGAGCUGUUGCCCCACGUGGAGGUCGUGCCGGCCACGAACCAAAUCGAGAACCAUCCGCUGCUCCCCCAGCAAGAGAUUGUCGACUUCUGCAAAGAAAAAGGUAUCCUCAUUACUGCCUACAGCCCUCUUGGCAGCACGGGGAGUCCCCUCAUGAAAGAUCCACAUGUGGUCAAGCUGGCCGAGGAGAAAGGAGUCACACCAGGCUGCAUUCUCCUGAGUUAUCACAUCGCCAGAGGAAGUUCCGUCCUUGCCAAGUCGGUCACACCUUCUCGCAUUGAUGAGAACAAGAAAAUUGUCUCACUGUCAGAGGGUGAUCUUGCCUCGCUAGCCGAAAUCUCCAAGAACGGCGUCACUCGCUUUGUCUAUCCUGCGUUUGGCGUAGACUUUGGCUUCCCCGACAAGUCGUGA